AUGGGACUCUUAUCACUAGGGACGCCACUCGCAUGGGAAGAUGCCCGAGAGCUGUCGGAGCAUGUACGGAAGCAUGGAAUUGAGCAGUUCUUGUCUGUUUGGCGCGAGUCGCGCGAUCGGCAGAACGAUCCGCUGCUGUGGGGCGAUGAGCUCGAAUAUAUGGUCGUCGUGCUUGAUCACGCACACAAGACGGCACGCCUGUCGUUGCGCCAAGGCGAGAUUCUUGAGCGCCUCAACACAUGCUGCAUGAAAGAGCUUCAAAAUCUCGCACCAGAAGACCGGCCCAAGUUCCAUCCCGAGUAUGGUCGUUAUAUGAUCGAGAGCACGCCCGGCAGCCCGUUCGGUAUCAGUGCGUCAGAGCUUCUGCGUGUUGAGCCAAACAUGCUGCUACGGCGCGACAUUACGCGGCAACACUUGCGGGACAACGAGGUGCUGAUGGCUCUUGCAUCGUAUCCGCGACUUGGCGUCCUCGAUACGCCUUUCACGGAGCCUGUGUGUGAGUUGCCACCGCGUGGUGUGGCGAGUCAUUCCCUUUUUCUCCCAGACGAGAUCAUUAACCAGCAUGUGCGUUUCCCCACCCUGACAGCGAAUAUCCGCAAGCGGCGUGGUUCGAAAGUGCGGAUCAAUGUGCCGAUAUUCCGUGAUGCACAUACCCCGACACCCUUUAUCGAUCCCAGCAUUCCUUGGGAACGAGCUGAAUUCGCCGAAGAUCCUGAAGCGAAGCUGGGCGCGGCAUAUGCGGAUCACAUAUACAUGGAUGCCAUGGGCUUUGGCAUGGGCUGUAGCUGCCUGCAAGUGACGUUCCAGGCACGCUGCUUGGCCGAUGCACGCCGUAUGUAUGACCAACUCGUUCCUAUCACGCCUCUUCUUCUUGCAGCGACGGCUGCAAGUCCUGUGUAUCGUGGAUACUUAGCGGAUGUCGAUUGUCGCUGGAACAUCAUCAGUGCGGCUGUGGAUGACCGGACGCCCGCCGAGCGUGCGGAGCACCCACUGAAGCCUGCUGAGCCUAUGCACAAUUCUGACACGGGUCCGCGGACGCUGCGAAAGAGCCGCUACGACUCCGUCGAUUCGUACCUGGAUGCACGUGAGUGGAACGAUGUAGACCUUGAGAUGAACAUGCCUGUCAAGCAGCGGCUUAUGGAGUGCGGCGUGGACGAGCUUCUUGCCGAGCAUAUGGCGCAUCUUUUUGUUCGCGACCCACUGGUCGUGUUCUCCGAGAACAUUGACUUGGACGAUGAACGUUCAAUGGACCAUUUUGAGAAUAUCCAAUCGACAAACUGGCAGACGAUGCGGUUCAAACCGCCGCCGCAUGGCGCGCACGUCGGUUGGCGUGUGGAAUUCCGGCCUAUGGAGAUCCAGCUAACGGACUUUGAAAAUGCAGCGUACUCGAUCUUCCUGGUGCUCCUGACGCAAGUGAUCAUGACGAUGCCCGUGGACUUCUGCAUGCCUAUCUCGCUUGUCGAUGUAAAUAUGCAGCGUGCACAGCAGCGCAAUGCCGUGCAUACGCAGCGCUUUCAUUUCCGCACGAGCGCCCAGACGAAGGAGACACGCGAAUACACCUUGGCUGAGCUGUUUCUUGGUACACCCACGAUGCCGGGCCUUGUGCCAUUAACACGCACAUACCUUGAUUCGCUCGACCUGGACAGCGACACACGCCGUCGACUGGACGAAUACUUGGACUUUGUCGCCAUGCGCGCGGAUGGCCGUCUCGUGACGAUGGCGACGUUUGUCCGGGACUUUGUGACGCAGCACCACGCCUACCAACGCGAUUCGGUCAUUCACGACGAGAUCAACUACGAUUUGCUGUGUGUCUUGGAUGCCAUUGAGCGUGGUACGCAAGAAGCUCCGACCUUGCUGCCGUCAUGGUAUGCAGACCGACGUCGUCAUGCCGGAGGUAUGUGA